UGCAAUAGAACCACAACGUUUUUUUAGACUCCUCAUUUUAGACUGCUGGGUUUUCAUUUAUUUAUUUUUUCUCCACUGCCUUGGAUCUUAAUUUUUUUUUUUUAGAGAAUAUAUAUCAAGUUGUAUUUCUAUAAGUUCCUAUUUUCUUCUAAAGAUUUCAACUCUUUGAUUCAAUCAGCUGCAAUGUAUCCCGAGGCAAACAAAGGCUACACUUAUGAGGACUGCAAGACAACUGCUGAUUGGCUGCAGGCCCAGACUUACAUUCGACCCACGGUGGGCAUCGUGUGCGGGUCAGGACUUGGAGGACUGGCCGACAUGUUGAAGGACCAGGUGGCCUUCAACUACAAGGACAUUCCUAACUUUCCACAGAGCACUGUGCAUGGACAUGCAGGACGGCUAGUGUUCGGAACAUUGAAGGGGAGGCCGUGUGUUUGCAUGCAGGGACGCUUCCACUUGUACGAGGGCUACCCAAUCCAGAAGAUCACGCUGCCCAUGCGGAUCUUCAAGCUGCUCGGCGUCGAAACCGUGAUCCUGACCAACGCAGCCGGUGGCCUCAAUCAGGACUUUAAAGUGGGCGACGUUAUGAUCAUCAAAGACCACCUCAACAUUCCCGGCUUCACUGGCAACAACCCGCUGACUGGACCAAACGACGACAGGUUUGGCGUGCGUUUCCCUUGCAUGUCUGACGCAUAUGACAGAGAGCUACAGCAGCUGGCCAUGGACGUGGGACAGGAGCUCGGCUAUGGAGACUUCCUGCGGGAGGGCGUCUACUGCGUACUGGGUGGACCUUCGUUUGAGACCAUUGCCGAGUCCCGUAUGCUGCACAAACUGGGCGCUGAUGCUGUUGGCAUGAGCACAGGGCCCGAGGUGAUUGUGGCGCGCCACUGCGGCAUGCGCGUCUUCGCCCUGUCUUUGAUCACCAACCAGGCGGUGAUGGACUACGACAGCGAAGAGAAGGCCAACCAUGAGGAGGUCCUUCAGACGGGGAAGGAGCGGGCGGCGCAGCUGGAGCGACUGGUCACCACCAUGGUGACGAGGAUGGAGCACAACAACAACUACGCCUAAGAGACGCCCGAUGCUUCACUGGGGCACCUGCGUUUGUCAGCAGAAAGAUUUAAAGUUGACUGAAAGAGACUUAAAACAGAUUUAAUGCUAAAAAAAAAAAAAAGGUGCAAUUUGGACAGAUUUUAGUGUCGGCUCAAAAGAAAAAAAAUACAUAUAAAAUGCACAAAACCUUAUUGUUUCAUGUCACGGUGCCUUAUCUAAUGUCUUGCAUUCCUCUGCUGAGGCUGCAGGUGAAUUUCUUUGUACAAUUUUGAAUUAUUGUCAUUCUAACUUAACAUAUGAUCAGCUUGUGUAAAGGUCUACGAUUUAACUCACUAACAAUGAGUCUGCUGUAAAGGUUUUAAUAUUAUGUUGUUGAAAUGCGUACUUGUAUUUGUGCCAUUUUUUGCUGUGCUUGUAUUUUUUGUUUUGAUAAGAACCCUGUUACUAAAUGUGUUAUUUAUUACUUUA